AUGGAUUGGCUAUCCUGGCUCUUUGUAGCAUUUGCUAUUUUGAUGAUCGGUCGCACCUUCUUCGCAGACCGCUCGCCCAUCCCCGAGACAUCAGGCAAGGUGUACAAAGUUGCCAGCGCGGCCGAGCUAGAUGCCCUCCUGGCCUCGACCACUGACGUGGUGGUCGACUUUUACGCAGACUGGUGUCCCCCUUGCCGGGCCAUCGCGCCCAUCUUCUCCGGUCUAGCAGACAAGCACGCCUCAGAUGGUCGCCUGGCCUUUGCCAAGGUUAAUGUCGAUCAUGUCGACGCGGUCGCCGGGCGGUACGGCGUGACUGCUAUGCCGACCUUUGUCUUCUUCCACAACGGCAAGCCUCAAGGCGUCAAGGUCGAAGGCGUCACGCCCAAGCAGUCUGUCGUCCUUACUAGCGAAGGGCUGGUGGACCGGGUGAGGGGCGCAGACAGGGUGACUCUGCAGGCUGUUGUUCAGGUCUUGGCCGGCGAAGCAAGAAAAGACGCGAAGCAGUGA